AUGGAGGGCGGCGGGCGGCCCUCGGCCGCACAGGCCGCGCUGUUGGCCGCCAGCACCGCCCUCACCGCCCUGGUCUACUCCGUCUACCGGCAGAAGGCCCGCGUCGCCCGUGGCCUCGAGGGCGCCAGGAGGGUCCGGCUGGACGGGGACUUGCGGACGGUGCUGCUGGAGGCGCCAGGGCGCUGCGUCCCCUACGCGGUUAUCGAAGGUGUGGUGCGGUCCGUUAAGGAGACCCUGAGCAGCCAGUUUGUGGAGAACUGCAAGGGUGUCGUUCAGAGGCUGACGCUGCAGGAGCAUAAGAUGGUGUGGAACCGAACAACGCACCUCUGGAACGACUAUGAGAAGAUCAUCCACCAGAGAACCAACACCACUCCCUUCGACCUGGUCCCUCAGGAGGAAGGUGCCAGCGUCACCGUCAGGGUGAUGAAGCCACUGGACGCCGCCGAGCUCAGCCUGGAGACAGUGUACGAGAAAUUUCAUCCCUCUGUCCAGUCCUUCACUGAUGUCAUCGGACACUACAUCAGCGGAGAACGCCCGAAGGGCAUUCAGGAGACAGAGCAGAUGCUGAAGGUGGGCACAGCGCUGACGGGAGUGGGAGAGCUGGUCCUGGACAACACCACGAUCAAGCUGCAGCCCCCGAAGCAGGGCAUGCCCUACUACCUGAGCAGCGUGGAUUUCAACUCCUUGCUGCAGAAACAAGAGUCGAACGUCCGGUUCUGGAAAAUCCUGACCGUCAUUUUUGGUUUUGCCGCCUGCGCCGUCCUCUUCUUCAUCCUACGGAAGCAAUACCGGCAUCACCGAGAGAGGCGGCACCUCAAGCAAAUGGAGGAUGAAUUCCGGCAGGCCCAGGAGCGCCUGAUGCGCGAAAUGAACGUGGAGGGUGGAGAGACGCUGAAAAACGCCUGUGUCAUCUGCUUGAGCAACACCAAAUCCUGCGUCUUCCUGGAGUGUGGGCACGUUUGCUCUUGCAACGAGUGCUACCGGGCUCUCCCCGAGCCCAAAAUGUGCCCCAUCUGCAGGCAGGCCAUCUCCAGGGUGGUUCCCUUAUACAACAGUUAAAUUUCUGUGGCCGGGGCGAGCUUUUGGCAUUAAAGCUGCCCCUCGCAAAGGGGUUUUCUCGCCUCGCUGCUUGGGUGGUUGAUUUUAGGGAAGGGGAGGGAGCUUGAGUGAGCAGGGUGCUUCCACUGGGGUGCAGAGCCAAGUCUUAAAAGGCGACGGUCCAGCUGAUCAGGGCUCACGUCGCAGUCCGGAGGCUUUCGGCGCGGGAGACGAGGAGUCCUCGCAAAGGGUGCGGCGCUCAGCUGGGGGAUGCAGUUUCAACCUCUUCUGUUAAGAGUCAGACUCUUGGGGUUUGCGUUGCGGUUUACUAAAAUACCCAGCUUAUAAAAACGUUGUAGGGAAAAAAAAAAAGACAUAUUACGGCUUCUCAGGGGCUGCAGAAUUUGGGCGACGCUGCCACCUGGCUCCAGGGACUGACGGAGCAGGAUGGGCUUUCAGAGAGCUUGGGGGGGGGUUUGCGUGAACACAAGUAAUUUUGUAAUCAUCCGCGAAAUCAGUUUGUGACGUAUCGCGCCAGGACACGAGAAUGGGGAGGUGAAAACGCUGUGGCCGAUUUCCACGCUUGGCUUGAGCUGGGAUAGAA